UUGUUGUGUCCUGAACAAGUUGGUGGGCUGUGUUGUUUGGCAGUGGGAAAGAGGGGCGCUGUGUUUUGGUUUUUAGAUUUGAACUCAGGUUGAAAUUAUACCUGUCGCGGAUGCGGGGCGAAGAGUCUUCGGAUUCGGAGUCGAGCAGGAUGGAGGAGAGCUCGGUGCGGAGGAGUUUGGAGACGUUGUGUCAGGAGCUGAACAUGGACGAACAAACGGCCACAGAAGCUAUGGACAACUUUACUGCCAUAUGGAAUACAUAUACUCUGGAGGGAGAUGUUGUACACUGGCUGGCAUGUUCGCUGUAUUCAGCCUGCAGGAAGGGGUCCACUCCCACAGUGGGCAAAGGGCUGAUGGAGGGAAACUGUGUCUCGCUGACCAGGAUUCUUCGCUCCUCGAAACUCAGGUGA